AACUGGCACCAUGGCGCAGUACGUCCCGGCCCUGGAAUACUACGCCGGCGGCCUGCCGUUGGUGUCCACCUCGUACGCGUCCUCCGAGUACUACUUCGGCAUCAACCUUCAGCCGCUGUGCAACCCGACCGACGUGUCCUACACCAUCAUGCCCAACAUGGCCUACUUCGAGUUCCUCCCCGUGGACGACGCGACCACAGGCGAGGUCGUGGCGCCUGAAGGUGACGCGGCCCGGCUGGUGGACCUCGCCCGCGUGGAGGCUGGGCGGGAGUACGAGGUGGUGAUCACCACCUACGCCGGGCUCAACCGGUACCGCGUCGGCGACGUGCUCCGCGUGGCGGGCUACCACAACGCCGCUCCACGGUUCACGUUCGUGCGCCGCAAGAACGUGCUGCUCUCCGUCGAGUCCGACAAGACCGACGAGGUCGAGCUGCAGCGCGCCGUGGAGCGGGCCUCGGAGCUGCUCCGGCCGCACGGCGCGUUCGUGGCGGAGUACACCAGCCACGCGUGCACCAAGCGCAUCCCGGGGCACUACGUCAUCUACUGGGAGCUGCUGACCACCAGCGACGAGGCGGUGAGCAAGGAGACCAUCGACGGGUGCUGCCUGCAGAUGGAGGAGGCCCUGAACGCGGUCUACAGGCAGAGCCGGGUGGCGGAUGGGUCCGUCGGGCCGCUCGAGAUCCUGGUCGUCCGGCCCGGCACCUUCGAGGAGCUCAUGGACUAUGCCAUCUCUCGCGGCGCGUCCAUCAACCAGUACAAGGUGCCCCGCUGCGUCGCGCUUCCGCCCGUCGUUGACCUGCUCGACUCGUGCGUCGUGUCCGCCCACUUCAGCCCUGGCUUACCGCACUGGACUCCAGCACGGCGCAACGACUAGAAGGAGACAGCUCGUCGGGUCAUGCUCGCCAAUGCUUGGGAUGAUUGAUUUCCUUGGGUAUGAAGAGGCUUCAGCUGGCCUUGGUCCUAGGCGUCAUUGUGUAUCUCGCUUGAACGAUGUGCCUCAGAUUGUUGUUGAUCGGAUGUGUGGUUUUCACUCCCUUCUUUAAUAAAUCGUGCUUUGUUUGAUA